AAACUAUUAAAUUUAAAUAUGAAAUUUGUUGUUUUCGCGUUACUAAUAAUUGCCCUUACUCUGACCCAGUUCACUGUAGCUAAAUCUACUAGAACUAUUCAAGGGUUCCUUGAGAAGAGUGCAGGCACACCCCAAUACCUUGUCAAAAGUGGAGGACAUUCUACUGAAUACUAUAGACCAAGAAGCAGAGACUACCAUGUCAAGCCAGUCUAUGAUGAACUCAAGGCCAACUCAGAUGUAAUUAAAACUCAGAGGUAUGAGAAAGCUGCUGAGAAGAAGGUAGAAAAAUCCAUGAGUUUCCAAAGCUCAGCAAUUGAGCCCACAAAAGUUGGAAAAUCUGAUGUAAAGUUAGAGCUAAAGGAUCCUAACCACUCCUUCACAGCUAAGUAUGGCAGCAUCUCAAGCAUGUUCUAAUUCAGUAAUUCUCGAAUAAAAUUUUAUGAGUAUAAA